AGUCGCACUUGCCCUGACCGAGUGCGCACGCGCAUGUCAAACUUAUGUCCAGUUUAUUGUCGCAGUGAAUUGUGGGAUAGAAAUUCACAGACAUGGCGUCCCGUGCGCUUGCACACUGUAUGCGCUCCGUCGCUCGCGCCUCUGCAAGGUUAAAUCAUGGCAACGUGCUAACAAGAUCCGCCUGCGCGCCCCUCGCCUCAGACCAGCGCGCGCUCUCUGUCCUCUCAUGCGGCCAGCGGACGAGGUGGACUGACCUAGUGCGGAUUUCAGGCCUGUCUGUUCAUCUGUGUCGGCAUUACGGUGAUCUUCCUCCCCUCACUUUAGAGAACAUCAAAGACCGUGUUAUGUACGUCCUUAAACUGUAUGACAAGAUCAACCCAGAUAAGCUUCAAACAUCGUCUCACUUCAUGAAAGAUCUGGGGCUGGACAGCUUGGACCAGGUGGAGAUUAUAAUGGCUAUGGAGGAUGAGUUUGGAUUUGAGAUCCCAGAUGCAGAGGCGGAGAAGCUUAUGACUCCUGAGGAGAUCGUACAGUACAUUGCAGAUAAAAAAGAUGUGUAUGAAUAGAGGCAGUAGGAUUGACUCUGCAUUAAACAAUAUGGAUGUGGAUCAGCUGUAUCCACUCAGUGUCCAGUUUCUAUCAUACUGUGUUCUGUCUCUUGCAUAUGGAGUCAACUGCCUUGUCAUGUGUAUCAUUGUAUUUAAUGAAAAUGUCACUAUAAACUCUUGGGAACUUGAGCUGAAAAUAAAGCCAAGACUAAACUGUAAUUCUUUGGUUUGUCAUGCCACAAGUGAAGCCUCACUGGUCCCUCUAGUGGAAGGGAAGUAAAACUGCUACUUGAUUUACAAGGUCAGUGCCACUUUGUGAAUGUCAUUGCAGAUCCUUUAUAGCUGCUUUUCUUUGUCAAAACACUGCAUCCUUCACCAGUUUAAAAUGCAUAGAUGGCUGUAUGUAAUUUGUAAGCCGUUUCAAAAUGUGUGGCACGUUUAACACUUCUUUGAGCAGACUGAGGCAGUGUUUAGGAAACUGCAAAAUGCCACACAAGUUUCUUUGACUCUUCCAUCUGCUUAUGAUUACUGGAUUAAAAAAAAAAAGCCUAGAAGACAAAUAAGUUCCAUUUCCAUGACUCUGAAAGCACUCAAACCUGUUUGAAAAGUAUUUUUUUGGAGAUUUGGUGCCGCUAAUGGCACAGAAAUUAUACUGCACCGUUAAAGGUGUAUUAGACCAUUUAACAUUUCCCAAAAGCAAACUAGCCAUGGAUUUCAUAAUGACAUCUGCAUGUGGCAUCAUGCAAAAGUUUUCAGUUAGAAUGGAAUUAUAAAAAGUACCAUAUUUGCAAGCGUCACCCAUGAUUUAUAUGAUUUAGUACUGCAGCAGUACUGAAGUGAUCUCAACAUGAUAGCCCACCUUCAUGUAAAAUAAAACUACUUUUUCAAGGCCA